AUGGCCGACAAACAUCCGGCCGUAUACCCUGCUGACUUUAUCAAGUCCGGCAACGAACUGACUAAUCUUGGCAAAGGACAGUCCAAACCGGCUCUGAUCAUAUUGAACCAGCCCAUAGCAGACAGAAGGGUGUUAGGUCGUUUAUGGAGACAUACAAGCUAUCGACUGUGCGCUGAUGGUGGUGCCAACCAACUGUACGAUCUGUUCACACAAAAUGAUCCAUCGCAACUUGAUCAAUAUAGUUACUACCAGGGAUGCGACGUAGAAGUUACGGAGGAUCCAGAUCAGUACAGCACAGAUUUUGGCAAGGCCAUCAAACAAGUGCUGAGGGAGCAACCCUGGCAGAAAAACUUCCUCGUCCUUGGAACCAUUGCAGGACGAGUCGAUCAGGGCAUUGGUCUAUUAUCAGAGAUACAUCGAGAGCAGCAUUCAAAAGAACACCCAGAUAUCCGGUUCUGGUUGUUUUCUGAAUCAAGCAUCUCAUUCACUCUUUCACCAGGCGCGACAACAAUCCAUACACCACUGGCUGAGAGGGUCAUCACACCAAACAUUGGUAUUCUACCCAUCUUCGGCCCGGCGCAUAUCUCGACGAACGGACUGGAGUGGGAUGUCGAGGAUUGGCAUACGCAAAUGGGUGGCCAAGUUAGCACCAGUAACCACAUCGUCAAAGACCAGAUUACCAUUUCGACAGACGCCGAAGUACUCUUCACAGUCGAACGCAGGAAGAGCGUGGCAGGAUAG